GUGGUUUAUUAGUAGGUUGGAUGGUCUUAACGGACGUCCUUUGGGUCUCUUCAAAGGCCUAUUCGUUUUUUCAACUCUCAACGGCCGUUGCUUUUCGACGAUCCUGACCUCACCCUCUCUGUUAUUUGAUAAUAGAGGGACUCUGAGAAUUUGAGAAUCAUGAGUCAAAUGUCGUCUGGAAUGGUUGGUGUUGGCAAUGUUGCCACCAAUUAUAUGCUUCCAUUAUUGUUCCCUUCAUCAUCUUCAUUUGCUUCCUUCUGUUCUAACACCACCAUCAUCAAACGCAAGGGAGUAGCAGUGUUGGAUUAUUGGGCAAUUGGUAACUGUAAUCAUAGAGAUGUUCAAAAAGGAAGGAAGAGAGAACAUGGGAUUGUGGCAUCAACCAACGUUGCUUCUCCGUCUAUAUGGGAUGAUUGGAAACCUCUCAAAGCCCCUUCCACUCCUUCCCUCAGUGACAUUCUUUGGCCCUCUGCUGGGGCGUUUGCGGCAAUGGCAGUAUUGGGGAAGCUGGAUCAGUUAUUGGCACCAAAAGGACUCUCAAUCGCAUUUGCGCCAUUUGGGGCUGUUUCCACUGUCCUCUUUGCCACUCCCACUGCCCCUUCUGCCAGGAAGUACAGCAUGUUCAUGGCUCAAAUAGGUUGUGCAGCAAUUGGUGUUUUGGCAUUGACAAUAUUUGGACCCGGAUGGCUUGCCAGGAGUGCUAGUAUUGCAGCAUCCGUUGCUUACAUGAUUUGCACCAACUCCGUGCACCCCCCAGCUGCUAGCAUGCCAUUGCUUUUCAUUGAUGGUCCAAAGUUCCAUCACUUGAAUUUCUGGUAUGCUUUGUAUCCCGGGGCUGCGGCAUGCAUUCUGCUUAGUUUGGUGCAAGAGGUGGUUAUAUACUUGAAGAAAAAUUUCAAAUUUUGACAGCUGCUAUGCACAUUGAUACAUCGCUUCUGCUGUCUCUUCUAAUUUGAUUUGCCGAAGGGCCAAGAAGAACAUUCUUUGAUCAGAAUCAUAAUUGUAAGUAGAGAGCAUCCUCAAACCAAAGUAAAUUUGUCCUGGAUUUUCCUUCACCAAAGUAAAUUUGUCCUGGAUUUUCCUUCACGAGGCAAGGCCAAAAAUGGAGAUUAGAUGGAUCUUCUCAGGUCCAGAUAUUGGUCUUGUAAUGUGUUCAUUGAGUGUAUUAGAUCCGAAAAUUAUUUGACUAUAAUGACUUGUAAGCAUUGCA